AUGGGACUCGUUCUACCAAAGCCGAUUCUCAGCAAAGGCGUAGAGAGGGCGGGCAAUGGGUUUGUCUAUAGCGGGAGCGCCAGUCUCAACGGCUACCGGAACUCCAUGGAGGACGCCCACAUGAUGUGUGCAGAUGAGAAGAGCAACUUGGCCUAUUUUGGGAUUUUUGACGGCCACAGCAAUGAGCACUGCAGUCGAUUUAUAGCGGAGCGGAUGCCGGGGAGGCUGCGGGCACUGCAGGAGCCCAUCCGCGCUGAGGAUCUCGAGCGUGUCUGUGUCACGUUAGACGCGGAGUACAUAGAGAACCACCCAGAUGGAGGCAGCACCGGCACCUUCUGCGUGGUUCGUCCGGAUUUUCGCGUGACGAUUGCAAAUGUGGGCGACUCGCGAAUUCUUGUCGUGCGAAAGGGUCUUCUCUUUGAGACGGAAGACCACAAACCGUAUGACCCGCAGGAGCGGGAGCGCAUCGUAAAGUGUGGAGGAAGCGUCCAGGGCAACCGCGUGGAUGGUGAUCUCGCCGUCUCCCGCGCCUUUGGAGACGCGUGCUUUAAAGUGAAGGGCACGCGCGACUACAAGAAGCAGAAAGUAAUUGCCGUGCCAGACGUCUCGGAGGUUUCAUGCCAAGCCGGUGACUUCAUUAUUCUCGCCUGUGAUGGCGUCUUUGAGGGAAAUUUCAGCAACGCGGAGGUGGCGCAGUUUGUGCAGAGCCAGGCGGGGCAGUGCUGGGAGGAUCUUGCCGUCGUGGCGUGUCGAGUGUGUGACGAGGCCAUCCGUCGUGGCAGCAAGGACAACAUCAGCUGCAUGGUGGUGCGUCUGGGCCCCGACAACGGCCUCGCGCAUCAGUUCGGGAAGUCCUCUUUUGUCCCGGGGCCGCCUUUUCCACGGAAUCACGAGAGCUGUCGCACCGCCUACGCCCGAAUGGCGGAGCUCUCUGGUCUCACCUGUGCUCAGGCACUGCAGAAGCGCUACGAGCUCCUUCAGGCACUGGGGCGUGGAAAACUGGACACGUUAAACCCUCCCGUUCUUCGCACCGCCUUUGAGAUGAGCGAUGAGGUGGACAUUGACACGGAGAAGCAGUUCUUUGGGCGUGGCCCGGCGCGUGGGAACGAACAAGCGUACUUUCGAGUCCCUCGCCGAUGGCGAUAG